UGAAUUCAGAACAUGCUGUGAACCAUAGUUGUUUGGGGAAGGGAGGGGUAAACUAAACAAAAUGAUUUAGUCCUACUGUUAACUUCCGAAUAUAUUUUAUACGAAGUUAACUAUAAAAAUACUAGUUUCUCUACAUUUCGUGUCAGAUGCACUUGCGCUUAAGAGGCACUUUUUGGUAAUUUAUCGCCAUACGUCACAUUCUAAUUAAAAUAUUUUCAUAAGUCAUGCAUAGAUGAUCAUUUGAAUCCAUUAAAUAUGGCGGCUUGCCCGUCGUGUAUCAGUUAUCUAUUUUAUUCCCUUAAAACUGCGCUUCACAUCGCUUACAACUUGGUUGUCUUUUUCACAACUCGAGUUCUGUCACCAAGCGAUCAGCCAGAUGGUUUAUCCGAGGUCUUAGACCCAAUAACACACCGUAAACGCAUUCGAAGAUACGAUGGCUCGUUCGCAAAAGGUCGACACGAUGGCUUCUAUUUAUUUGGUGGACACUCUACUUGUGCAAACGCGGUUUUCGUAUCUUCAAAAGUAGCACUGGAUUCAGUAGUUGUUCUCAAAGCUCUGGAAUACCUAGCUUCGACUUAUCCACUGUUAAGGGUGAAAGCAGAGUGGGAGACUACUAAGGAUGGACUACCAGCCAGAUAUCUCACCGAAAUAGAUGGCUUUAGUUUCAGAGAAAUCAAUUUUUCCGAGCACGAUGCACAUGCUAGCGAUUGGAAAGGUCUGUUCGAGGAGGACCUAAAUGCAGGGUUUGACUUAUCGGGAGGAAGGCCAUUAUGGAGGGUCACAAGGUUAUUGGAGCAAUUCACACCUGCCGAUAAACUUUACAGCAAUACUUUUAUUAUGACUUUCCAUCACUCUAUAUUCGAUGGAUCGUCGAUGAUGAAGUUUCUCGGUGAGUUCCAGGAAAAGCUGCAUCAAUUUCAUCGCGGGGUCCCCAUGUCCUCGCCUCUGUCGUCGCCUAUGUCACCGCCUUUACUUGAAUUACUGAAGCAGCAUAUUGAGCUACCCUGGUAUGGUGCCUUGUGGUACCAAAUCAAACAUGUACUGCGCAAGGGACGGGAGCCCCCUCGUAAUGUGUUCCUAGCGAAGUACCCACCACCAGUUUUGAAUAACGAGGAAGACUUCAAGACUAAAACGAUUCCUGGGAUAUUGAGCGACAAACUGACUUCGUCCCUUGUGCAGAAAUGCAAACUGAACGGGAGCACCGUUGGUGGCGCUCUGUCUGCGGCUGUUGCCAUAGCAACAGGGCAGUUAAUCCAGGACUCCAUCUCACAUUGCGCCCCUGGGGAGUUCGUUAUUGGUUUACCGGUAAAUAUUCGAGGUGCCUGCAACUUGACACAGGAAGACCAAGAAUUCGGGCUUUUCAUUAGUGUGAUAUUCAUUCCUUGUAAACUUCCCUUUGUAGGCAACAUUUCCGAUAUCUUUUGGAGCGUUGCAGCGGAAAUGACUUCACGAGUUAAGCAGAAACUAAAACAAGAAAAGCAAUUUGAAUUUCUGAAAAAGCUAAAGUAUACCCCACGGGAUGUGGCGCAGGACAUUACCAGUGCUUCAGCCGACAUAAGAAAUGCAGGCAGGUUUCCGAAUAUUUUUGAAGUGUCCAACAGAGGUAGAUUCUCAUAUCCAUGUGUUCAAGAUUACCAUGUUACUGGUUGUCAUAAUGCUGUGGCACAGCAUUUGAUUGGUCCAGUGAUGACAUUGACGGCGAUGUCAAUCAACGGCAGGUUGCACUGGACAUUUGUGUACUCUUCUCGUACCAUGAGGGAUGCACUUGCGCGGGAAUUCGCGCGCUCUGUCGGUGAGAUACUGAAAGACAUUACGUCUUGCUAAACUGCAAGGCGUAUUGCUGUACCGACCUAGCUGUCAUGAAAUGGACUCAGUGGAGCCCAGGCUCGUACCCAGGAUUUUUCUUAGGGGGGGAGGGGGGGGGGCUAAAUACGAAAAAGUGGACCUAAUUUUUUCUAGGUGGGAGGUGAGUGUUCUGAUAAAAUGUUUGCCACCCCCAAUAGAAAAAAGGCCUUUUUUUCAAUUUUUAUGCCACUAUCGGAUUUGGCUACAAAAAGUUUGACUUUGACAGAUUGAUCUAGAACUGUUUUUUUUUUCUAAUUCGCUUAUGCUUUAUAGUUUUGUCUACAAAUAGCACGUUUAUUGCUAACCGGAAGUGGACUCUAAGCCGUUAAGGGGGGUUGUACGGGACUGGAGCGGCUGUUUUGCUUUGCUGUGAAAGCUGAUGCGCGCUACCGUGUUUUUUAGGUAGCAAACCGAUAAGAAUGCUAGGAAUGUACUAGAUUUCUACAAUUUCUAGUUUGCUUGACAGUAUUAGAAGUGGGCCUAACAGUAGAACCUUGAUUUACGAAGUGCCAAGACACUGAGGAAAUCUGUUCGUUAUACCGGGGUUCUGUUGCAAGCGCUUUAUUGUGAUUUUGGCGGGCCAACGAAAGGGCAUUGUUUGUUAUACCGAGAACUUCGUUAUAAAGAGGUUCGUUGAAUCGAGGGUUUCACUGUAUCUGAUGUAUCUGAUAUCCCUUCUUCUGGCCUACCAGCGUUGAAUACAAAUGUUUCGCUGAGUAUCAGAAUAGACAGAAAUCUCCUAGUUAUGAAAAUCGCGUUACCUGUGAUUUUCGCAUACUUAAUGGAAAUUUCCUGGUGGCAACCAUUUAUCUUAAUCUCUCCCAGGAGCGAGGCUGUUAGUCUCCGGUCGGAGUCACACAGCGAUCCCCGCCCGUAGGGGCUGCUCAGAUUUGAACUGCAUUCCUUUCCCAUUGUCUGUACAUCAAGAUGAUGUCAAACGGCUAAUCCAAUCAAAUGCCUCUCCAUUGUACAAUUGAGCCAAUAAAAAUUCCAUUGAACUGUCA